UAUCUCUGCUUACUCUUAUGUACCCAAAUUUUUUCCUUAAUCUUGUGUACCCAAAUGUUUUCCCCGGACGAGAGAGAGAGAGAGUAUGCGCAGAGCAAUGGCGUCCAUCGGCCCCUUUGUCGGCCUACAGAGCCUUAAUUCCGGUACCCCCUUCGUCUUCUUCCCUCGUUCCUUGCCCACCGCACUUCAACGCCUCGCAAGUACUUCGCCAAGCAUUACCUCAUCGAGCAUCUCCUCGUCUUCCCUAUCUUCUUCGCUCGGCCUCUCUUCCCUGACUUCACGAAACCCACCGUGUCCGUCAACCUCUUCUAAUCAUAUUGAUCUCGAGCUCUACCUUAGUUGCUCGAUGCCAGGAAGGCGCUUGAAGAUCGCCGUUCUUCUCAGUGGUGGAGUCGACAGCAGCGUCGCCCUACGCCUUCUUCAUGCUGCGGGGCACUCCUGUACCGCUUUUUACCUCAAGAUAUGGUUUCAGGAAGACUUUGCUAACUUCUGGUCUGAAUGUCCGUGGGAUGAAGAUUUAAAGUAUGCAAAAGCUGUUUGUGAUCAGGUAGAUGUGCCUUUAGAAGUUGUUCAUUUAUCAGAUGAAUAUUGGAGGAAUGUGGUAUCUCACAUCAUUGAGGAAUAUCAUGCUGGCCGUACUCCAAAUCCUGAUGUCCUUUGCAAUACGAGAAUCAAGUUUGGUGCAUUUUUAGAAGCUAUUGAAAAGAUGGGGUUUGAUUACAUUGCCUCUGGUCAUUAUGCUUAUGUGAUUCACGCAUCUUGUAGUUUGAACGGUGGAUCUUCUGUUUUGGCAUUGUCGAAGGAUGUGCUCAAGGAUCAAACCUAUUUUUUAUCACAUCUGUCCCAAUUUCAGCUAAGGCGCCUUCUGUUUCCCCUUGGCUGUCUAUCAAAGGGUGAAGUACGUUAUCUGGCCACCCAAAUGGGUCUUCCAAACAAUGAGAGGAAAGAUUCUCAAGGGAUAUGUUUCCUUGGAAAGGUUAAGUUCAGUGAAUUUGUUGCCAGGCAUAUUGGAGAGAUGGAAGGCAUAUUGCUAGAAGCUGAGACAGGAGACUAUCUGGGAAAUCAUAGGGGCUUUUGGUUUUAUACUAUUGGACAGCGCCAAGGCCUUCGCCUUCCUGGAGGACCAUGGUAUGUUGUAGAAAAGGAUGUGCAAAACAAUGUUGUUUUUGUAUCAAGAAACUACUUUUCGUUAGACAAAAGGCGGCGCACCUUCCGCAUUGGAUCGCUCCGGUGGUUUAGUGGCUCACCACCUGAGAACAAAGAUCAACUCCGAUGCAAGGUUCGACACGGCCCCGGUUUCUACGGCUGCAGCAUAAGAUUAGAAACAACUGGAAAUGGAACUGAACAAAUUGCAGCAAUUCACCUAUCUGAAGAUGAUCAGGGUUUAGCCGCCGGCCAAUUUACCGCCUUCUAUGAAGACAACAUAUGCCUUGGUUCAGGCGUUAUUCUCGACUCCUGGGAUGACCUUUACUUCCCUGUAUGUUCUAAGGCUCUAGAAAUUGCCAGAAUGAAAGAAAAAUCUAAUCUUGGGAGGCCAAUUAGGAUAUUAAACCUUACUUCUGAAUCUACAGCAAGUUUGAAAUCUAAUAAACAGUCUUCAGAUCUACUGCAGUGUUGAUGAUAACAACCCCAGGCAGGUACAGGUCUAGGCGGGGAGGGAGGUGUGAUUUUGCAUAUGUACCACACAAUUCUUAUGGAUUUACAGUUCUAACAUGUAAAGUUUGAUAUUUACAUUUAUAA